AUGCUUUCUCGGCCUGUAGGUGAAUCGCUCUGGAGACUACCGCUUCUGGCUCAACUGCAACGGCCUCGAGGCCGAUCGUCACGCUGGAGCCAACCACGGAGCCGAGUUGCAUCCAGUGGUUCAGGCCGGAAGAGCCACCGCGCAGGCGAGCACCAGAACGCCGAUCAACGGACUCGUGAGCGUACCCCAAAGGACUGGGCGUCACUCGUGGGCUUGUUGAAUGAGCGCGUAACGGGGCUACCGCGGCUAGUUGGUUUCCGAAUCGACCACGUUGAGUAUGGUCGUGUCGUCGCGUCACUGCCGAUUCAGCCUUCGUUGCUAGCAGCGAACGGAUACCUCCACGCAGGCAGCAUCGUCACGCUUGCUGACACUGCAUGUGGAUACGGUUGUUAUAUAAGCCUACCGCCAAACCGUAUUAACUUUGCAACCGUGCAGCUCUCGAGCCAGUUUCUUGGUACCGCCCUCAGCGGUGACUUGGAGGUAGAGGCAUGGCUGCGGCACGCCGGCCGUACUACCCAAGUAUGGGACGCUGAGGUGCGCACACGAGCGACACCCGAGACCCGUGGGGUCGUCCACCAUCCCAUUGCGCUGUUUCGUUGUACGCAGCUUUUAUUAGAGGCAAAGUCCGGUACGAAUGAGGGUUCAGAUUCGGCCCGAGACAAUUCAGCGGGACCGUCUCCCAAGUUUGUCUAG